GGAUUUUAGGUCGGAGUUCAGAAGACUUACUGAUCUUUAAAAAGGUAUUCUUUAUAGAUCAGUGAGAAGACUGCAGAUAGCAGAGAAAGGCUCUUUUGUGUGUGAGGUCAUUAAGCGUCGUCAUGGCGACUGGGAGUCGGUAACAUGAUGGCAGAACUAAGACCUGAGGUGCCUCACCGAAAUUCCAGAACAGAUCAUCUGUAGAGAAACGACACAGAAUGCCGCGAAAAGGGGAAACAACAAGAAAAUUGGAGGAUGUGGGAAUAGAUAUUGACGGCGAAGCGGAAAGUGGGACUGAGGAGGACACCAAACCCAAGGGCAGGGGUAGAGGAAGGCAAGCCGCGGGCAGAAGGGGCAAGAAUAUGGAGAGUGAAGAGGCAGAGGAUGACGAGGACGAAGAGGACGAAGCUCCUCGGAGCAAAAGACCAGCCAACAGGAGGAAGGCGGGAAAGAAGACCCAGGAUGGGGAGGAGGAGAGUGACGACGACGCCCCAAAACGAAGACGUGGCGGUGGCAACAGGAGAGGUGCCAAGGGAAAGGACACUGAGGAUGACACCGAAGACGAGCCUAAGGCAGGAGGCAGAGGGAGGAACAAGAGGGGGGCAGCUGGGGGGAAAAAAGGGAAGGAAGAGCCGAAGGGCAAAGCUGACCCCAAGGGCAAGGGCAAGGGCAAAGGGAAAGAGGAUGAUAAAAAGAAAAAGAAGGGCAAAGGAAGCAGCUCGGACUCCAAGACCGAUUCCGACGAGGAGGAGUCCAUGUCCGAAGGAGAGAUGGCCCGACUUAUGGAGGAGGUGGAGGAGAAGAAGAAACUCAUUGCCAACAUCAGAAACAAGCCAUGGCGUAUGAAGCGCCGCUUGGCAGUUCUCAGAGAAGCCCAGGUGUUUGUGGACAAAUUUGAAGGUGCUUUGGGGAAGGGUAAAGGCCGAAAGUGGUAUGCCUACAAAGUGAUGAUGAAGAAGAAAUGGAUCAAGUUUUCGAGAGAUUUCGAAAAUUUCAGGACAUCCUGCAUACCAUGGGAAAGGAAGAUCAAAGAAGUGGAAAGUCACUUUGGGUCAUCAGUAGCCUCCUACUUCAUAUUCUUGCGGUGGAUGUACGGUCUGAACCUGGUGCUCUUCAGCUUAACGUUUGGGCUUGUGGUCAUCCCCGAGGUUCUAAUGGGGCUACCAUAUGGAUCCAUACCUCGGAAAACAGUACCUAGACCUGAACAGCCUACAGCUAUGGAUUACUCUGUUCUUAUGGACUUCAAUGGCUACUGCAAAUACUCAGUGCUUUUCUAUGGGUACUACAAUGACCAGAGAACCGUUGGGCCUCUGAAGUUCCGCCUGCCACUCUCUUAUCUAAUGGUAGGGAUUGGGACCUUCGGCUACAGCCUCAUGGUGGUCAUUAGAACAAUGGCUAAAAAUCAAGAUGUUGGCGGCGGGGAUGACGCGGAUAGUGAGUUCACUUUCUCGUGGAAGAUGUUCACCAGCUGGGAUUACCUCAUCGGGAAUCCUGAGACAGCGGAUAACAAAUAUGCCUCCAUCACCACAAGUUUCAAGGAGUCCAUUGUGGACGAGCAGGAGAACCAGAAGGAUGAGAACAUCCACCUGCGGAGGUUCCUGCGUGUGCUGGCAAACUUCUUGAUCACGUGCAGCCUGGGAGGCAGCGGCUACCUCAUCUACUUUGUGGUCAGGCGGUCGCAGGAGUUUGCCUCCAUGGACGACCUGGGGUGGUACGAGAAAAAUGAGGUUGAGAUCAUCAUGUCCUUGCUGGGCCUGGUGUGCCCUCCAUUGUUUGAAACCAUUGCUGAGCUGGAGGACUACCACCCUCGUAUUGCCCUCAAAUGGCAACUAGGUCGCAUAUUUGCCCUGUUCCUGGGCAACCUCUACACCUUCCUCUUUGCCCUGUUUGACGAGGUCAACAACAAGCUUGAGGAGGAGCAGGACAUAAAGAAUAACUCCAUUUGGUUCCUGAAGGAGUACCUAGCCAACUUCUCCAUGUACAACAAUGACUCUGAGGCCACAGCUCCGCCCAUCAACCCUGCUGAUGCCAUCCGUGGACCGUGUUGGGAGACUAGCGUUGGACUUGAGUUUGUGAAGCUGACUGUUUCAGACAUCCAGGUGACCUACCUGACUAUUCUCAUAGGUGACUUCCUACGGGCCUUCAUCGUGAGGUUUCUUAACUACUGCUGGUGUUGGGACCUGGAGGCAGGAUUUCCAUCAUAUGGAGAGUUUGAUAUUAGUGGCAAUGUCCUGGGGUUGGUCUUCAAUCAAGGAAUGAUCUGGAUGGGCGCAUUUUACGCCCCUGGUUUGGUGGGCAUCAACGUCUUACGCCUGCUCAGCUCCAUGUACUACCAGUGCUGGGCUGUGAUGUGCACUAACGUGCCCCACGAGAGAGUCUUCAAGGCCUCCAAGUCCAACAACUUCUACAUGGGCCUCCUGCUCCUCAUUCUCUUCCUCAGCCUGCUGCCUGUGGUCUACACCAUCAUGUCUCUGCCACCCUCCUUUGACUGUGGUCCUUUCAGUGGUAAAUCGAAGAUGAUUGAUGUUGUCAUGGAAACAAUUGACCUGGACCUGCCGGCCUUCAUAGGGACGCUGUUUGGUUAUGUGGCAAACCCAGGGCUCAUCAUACCAGCUGUUCUGCUCAUGGUGCUUGCCAUAUAUUACCUGAACUCUGUGUCAGAAGCCUACAAGAAUGCCAACUUGGAGCUGAAAAAGAAGAUGCAGAUGGCCAGAGAUGAGGACAAGAACAGGCGUAACAACAAGGACAGCACCAACCAGGUGCAGAAGGACCUGGAAGACCUGCUCCCAAACCGAUCUUUGGCUCCUCCUCCUGCCCCAGAGAGCAACACCGAAAACAAAGAGGAGAAAGGCGGGAGGGGGACCAGAGUGAAGCCAGGUGCCGCAGGGGGCGUGAACGUGCAGAAGGACGUGUCACUGGCGUCGGCCAACCCGAACGCUCGAGGGCCAGUGACCCGGGAGCCAGGACCCCGGGGACCAGGGGCACUUCCGGGAAACCCACAGGACCGUGGCGCGAGAGGUGGAGGACGAGGUGGCCCAAGACAAUAAACUGCCCGAACCCCACUCACUAUUAGUCUGCUAAUCGCUGAUCCAUGUCACUUUUGAAGGAACCGUUGAGUACCACUGCACUUUUUAAGAAGUGUAGAAUGAACACUAAUCUCCUUUUAAAAGCAAUAUAAGCAAUAAAUGAAUGUGUGUUGGAAUUCUAAAAUGGUGUUAUAUGUUAAACAACUUGAGAUUUUAUGGACAUUGUUAGUUUAAGAUAAAUUCUUGUUAUUUUCAUGUUGAAAAUUGGUAUGAAUUAUAGACCUAUCAUUUAAGUAGAAAUUCAAUAUGGCUGAACAUUCAUUUGAUUGUUGACAUAUUGUUGAAAACAACUCUAAUGCAUUAUUAUCAUUGAUAACCACUGUGGGUUUAAUAUAAUCCUGGAAUAGCAUUAACAUAUACACUAUAGCAAAAUAAGCUAUGAUCAACAAGCACUUAGUUGUUUAUCGUUUUUUAUAUUAUGUUGUAAACCCAAUCUUUAUUGUUUCAAUAUUCCCCAUUGUAGCCUAUUUUAUCUGUUCUUAUUCUUAUCUGUAUACUAUGCAACA